AAAAAGAUACACUUAUGUUUGUAUAAAAGGAAAAGAUUAGCAGUACAUGAAUGACUGCUUUUCACAUGUUUGCUUCCUCUCAGUUGUGUGGUAAGAGUUGGAGUGAAAGGGGGAGUUUGAUAGAUACCAAACAUAGAGACAAAAGAGAUCAGGAAGAAAGGACUGAGAAAUUAAGGACCGGUCAUCCAAAGACACAUCACUUCAAGAGUCAUAGGACAGAGAUGACGGCUUUAACUGCUUUUCUCUGGGCAGUGGCUAUGUUAGUGGAUGUCCAUCACUGCAUCCAUUCUUCCUCAGAAAUACACACUAUCAUUGUCAACCUGUCUUCCAAAAACCUGUCGUUUGUCCCUGGAAACCUAUUGCCAUCCAGUGAAGCCCUGGACCUCUCCCAGAACAACAUACAUAAACUUCGGCAUGAAGAUUUCAAAGUCACAACUCGCCUGAGGUUCCUCAACCUUUCAUGGAAUGUCUUGGAGGAGAUAGAUCCUGAGACAUUCCAUCCAACUCCGCUCCUUGAGAGUCUAGACCUCUCACACAACCGACUCCAGAACCUCUCUGAUCAACGUUUUUUGCUGGUUGCGCAGAAUCUAACAUUUUUGGAUCUGACCUUUAACCUGUUCCAAACUAUGACCCUGGGAGAAAAUUUUUGCAGGCUUAAAAAACUAGAGAGACUGGGGCUUGGAGCAAAUACGAUCAGGGUGGAGGAUUUCCUCAACAUCACAAAUGUACACCUGCAAACUCUGACCCUUCUUCUGGAGAAUCUCACAGCCUAUGAGAGUGGUGGCCUGAGAGGCAUCCAGGCAGAGAAGGUCCGCAUUGGCCUGACGAACAAACCCACCGACAGACAUUUGAUCGCAGAUGCUCUGUUAAUGUUCGACGAGGUUGAGCUAAUGGGUAUGAACCUGAAGGGCAAAAGCAGGUACCUGGUGGAACUUCUGAAGGAGAGAGCGGCAGUCAAAACAUCACAUCUGUACCUGACAGAUAUAGUCAUCCUCUGGUGGCAGUUGACCAACACCGUAAAUGCUGUGUUACAAUCCCCCAUUAGCCAGCUAAGCAUUUCAGAUGUAACCAUCGACAUGCCCCCUUACCACGACACCUUACCAGACCAAUCCCAUACUAAAUUAUUCUCUGCAAGGCGAGCUGUGGUAUCUUCCUUUCUCUUCUCCCUGGAAGCUCUCUGUAACUUUUUCAUCAACAUGCAUGCGGAGCACCUGGCAAUUACUGAGACAUCCAUCAUACACAUGACCUGCCCCAAGUGGCCGAGCAAAGUACGGCAGCUAGAUUUCUCAGACUGUGCCCUGACUGAUACAGUCUUCUCCAGCGUAGAACAACAUGUCACUGUAGAGUGUACAACACUGAAUGAAGUGGAAAUCCUGGUACUCAGAGGGAACAACCUAAAGAACCUUCAAACACUAAGCAAGAGGGUGCAACACAUGAGCUCUCUGAGUCAUUUGGACCUCAGUCUGAACUCACUGAUUUACAACGACCAAGUAUGCCACUGGCCCCUAAGAAUUGUCCAUUUGAACCUAUCCUCCAAUGGCCUGAGUGAGUCAGUUUUCAGCUGUUUGCCUAAUAGCACUGUGAUCCUGGAUCUCCAGAACAACCAGAUCACUAAUGUACCAGAGACCCUGCUGGCCCUGGGAUCCCUCUUGGCUCUGGACCUAAGUGCCAACCGCCUGAGGGACCUCCCAGUGUGCACUGGAUUCCCGCACCUUAUUUACCUCCUGCUCAGGGAGAAUUCACUCCAUGCCCCGUCUGUGAGUGUUCUGGAGACCUGCCCUGUUCUGAAGGUGCUCGAUGCCAGCCUAAACCCCUUCACCUGCACGUGUGCCCUUAGGAACUUCAGGGACCUGGGUGCUGGGAACGGGCUGGGUGGCAGAAGUCCAAGAAUCCAACUUCUUCAUUGGCCACUAAGGUACCGCUGCAGCUACCCUGACGAUUGGAAAAAGUCCACUCUGGAGGCUUUUAACAUCCCUGAGAUCGCCUGCAACAUCAGUCUGCUGGCGGCUGCCAUCCUGUGCCCAGCGGUGGCUAUCAUCCUUGUUAUAAUGACUCUGUGCCAGCAACUGGACAUUCCAUGGUACCUGGGCAUGAUCUGGCAGUGGGCCCGGGCCAAACACCGUGCCAGAACCCAGCAGGUACGGCCCGAGGACCUGGAAGGGGUGGUGUUCCACGCCUUUGUGUCGUACAGCCAGCAUGAUGCAGACUGGAUCAAGGGCCAGCUCUUGCCAAACCUGGAGGGCUCAGGGGGGGGGCUCCACAUCUGUCGCCAUGAGAGGGACUUCAUCCCAGGGAAGACAAUUGUGGAGAACAUCAUCCGAUGUGUGGAGAGAAGCCGGCGCUGCGUGUUUGUUCUUUCUGGCAACUUUGUCCGGAGUGAGUGGUGCCACUACGAGUUGUACUUCGCCAGUCACCAACAACUGUCCCGCGGUUCGGACAGUGUGAUUCUGGUGCUCCUGGAGCCUCUGCCUCAAUACAUGAUCCCCUCCAAGUACUACCAGCUUAAGGCUAUGAUGAGUAGGCACACCUACCUGGAGUGGCCCCAGGACAGGGGCAAGCAGAGGCUGUUCUGGGCCAACCUGAGGGCCGCACUCCAGGCUGACCUUCCCACAGCACCCGUACGAGAAAUGGAAGACUGAGGCACAAAAACGACAAUGGGGAAAUAAAAUAAAGGGGUUAUAAUAAGAUGGUUAUAGUAGUAAAGCUUGAGCUUCCAAAUUAAAAUGCAAUAUUUAGCACAUUAAUGAAUAAACACCUGUAGUUGCCACUGGUGUGCCACAUUCAUUUAGGUCACUGCCUCGUAGCACAUUGGAGAUGUGUUUAAAUACCAGCAGUGCCAGGUCAGGCAAUCGCCAACUUGUGCUUGUCAGAGGCCUGCCUUUUUUUGUCACACUCUACUUACUCCUUGCAGUAGGUUGUCUGCCUAACAGCUCAUUUGUGCAUCCGGAGCGUCAGUGCAGUGAAAACUUCCCGGUUGAGUGAGCAUUACGUAAAUAAGUGUGAAAAGAGUGACAAGAGGUGCAUCUAAGGACACAAGCAAAUCUUUUUCACUCCCGUACCUGCUGUAGAGUUGAUGCGACAAGGCCUAGUUGAAUUCUCAGUAAAGUUUAUUGGAAAAUUCAUAUAGCCAAACAAUUAUUUAACCACAGCUUAAAAAAAAACAAUACAAUGAAAAGUUUCCUAACAAUACCAAGGCUAUACUUACAUUAAACCUUACAACAAUCA